ACAAUUCCCUGCAAUGCCACAUACACAUCUCAUGACAUCCAGAACAAAAUAAUUGGGCUCAUGAGGGAUGUAGUCACAGAGGAAAAGGAAGUGGGGUAUUCAUGGUACACAGUUAAAGUGGAUGGGACUGAAGACCCAACUAGGUGCGAGAACAUUUCAAUUGUACUCGUUAUGUGGGCGAAAACAACCGUGUUUGUGAGUGGCUAGUGUCAAUGGCAACGAGUAAAGAAUGUGAUGCUUUAUCGCUGACUAACUUGGUUCCUGUCAGAACUAACAAAUGUUGACCUUAGCACCGAGAAGAUUCUUAGUCAAUGUUAUGAAAGGUGGUGCAGGACAAACUGAAUCGGGAAGUGCCGCAUGUGCAUUGCUUUAAUCACCAGCUGCAUUUAGUCAAAGUGCACACUAUGUCCUCUUGAGGUUGCAUUGGAUGACUUUUUUAACGUGUGUAUUUCCCUUUACAAGUUUCUCAGGAAACCAACUGUGUCUGCGCAAUAUUCAGGAGAGAAACUGGCCACAGUGAGUGUCAUUAUAACCCCCCCCCCCCCUCCAACAAGCUACUUCAGGCUGAUUAACUGAUCUGUACACUGGCAUCCGAGUCGUCCGCAGUGUGUGGAAAAACUGCGACGUGACAGUGAGUUUGAUGAGUUAUGGGAGAAAUACAUGGACACCUCCGCUCCAAGCAAACGGCGAAGAGUAGUGAGUAGUAAUCUGGAAGAAUGUGUGGUCGAAAACAACAAUGGGCCAGCAAGAAGAAAUAAAUGAGAGGGAGUCCAAAAUAUUGUUUUUCAGCACUCUGGAUGCUGUACUGGGAGAAAUGUCAGCAACAUUAAACGAACAAAACAGUCAACUUGUCGAGGCCCUGUGUGCCUUGCACCCAGAAAAUGAAACCUUUAUGGAUGUGAAAAUUGAAACUGGGAUGAACAUUUGAAGCAUCCACGGCAAUUUGUGAGAACUCUUUCAACAUUGAAAAACGUAUUCAGUGAGCACAGACGAAGCAUGUUGCACGGGAGGAAAGCGCAACUGAUUCAACUGGCAUUUGAGAGGGAUUUUAGAAGCAAAUUCCGUGGGGAGUGGGAACGAAAGACUGCUGAGGAGGUUCAACACAGCAUCAAAGCGGCUGCAACUCUUUUGAAUCUGGAGGAGGGACCAUGUUGCUGUACCAAGGUCCUGGGAAUACCUAUACUGGGAAUACCACUGCCCCUCUCUAGCUGGAUCAUCUGACACCAACUCCCCCAAGAUUUCCUGACGGAUAUAAUCCAAUUCAUCCCUCCAUAUUUUGGAUAUUCGAAGCAAUAGUGGCAUUGGCACAUGUAAACAUGGUUCCCGCCUUCUAUACACUUGUGUAUUUUUUUCUGUUUACACAUUUUACACAUAACAGGGAUUUUCAAAACUGGAAUGUUCUCUCAUUAAAUUGUUCAAAUGUUUUUGUCAUUGGAAACUGAUCUGGAGAGGAACAUCUCUGAUCCGAGGUGGGCAUGCGCUACGUUUUGGUAGCGACCAGUCAUACAGCAUUGUUGAAGAUGUAAAGCUGUCUAACCUCAGUCCUAUGCCCUCAAAUGCUAAUUUAGCACCAUACAUUGUUGUGAAAGUAAAGCCAUACUCAGCAUGCAUACUCAACUGUGAAUACGAACUCUAUUAUUCAGGGUGUUCAGGAUCAACCAUGAACAUUUAUCAGAGCAUGAUUGUUACCUGUGCAACGUAGGUGUGAAUGUAUUUUUACUAUGAAAAGGUGUAAAAAAAGUAUGAGCCAUCAUAUCAGUGUCUUAAAUCAUAAUUUGGAUUCCACUUCUUGUGCACGUCAACGUGGACAAUACCAAUUAAUAACAUUCACUGUAUCUUCAUACAAAUCUUUUACAGAAAUCGUACAAAUCUUGGGACAAAACUUUACCGGAGAGACUGCAGCUGUUGUUGAAAGUGCAGGGUGUCUCAGUGCAGGGUGUCUCUAGAACACGGCACUGCUGCAUUAGUGCCUACAUUUCUGGCUAGCUGGGCAUCCCUCCCUCCCUUCUCUCUCUCUCUCUUACAAUGAGCCAGAAGUUGGAGAAGUUGACCUUGGAGACAGACCAGCCUCUGGUCUACACCGUGGAGGAGCUGGAGUGUAAGAUUUGCUACAACCGUUAUGACACGCGUACCCGCAAGCCCAAGGUGUUGGGCUGCCUCCACCGCGUCUGCGCCAAAUGCCUGAAGAAGAUCGUGGAGAACUCGUCCCCCAGCAUCGUCAGCUGCCCCUUCUGCCGCCACGAGACGCACGUGUCCGACGAUGACAUCUGGCUGCUGCAGGACGACAGCAACAUCCUGGCCAUCCUCACCUACCAGGACCGCGCCAGGAAGAGUGGCGGUUCCAUCACCCCGAGUGGGGAGGUGCUGCUCACUCCGGGCAGCCUGAGCGGGAGUGGAGGUGGAGAGGGUGGCUGUGGUGGUUCUGGGGGCGGCUGCGUCACAACCGGUGAGCAGUCACACAGCUCUUCCGACUGCCUGGUCAUUACCAUCAUGGAGGUGCCGGGCGAGUCGCAGUCAUCAGACUCCAUGAGCAUGCUCAAUAUGGUGCGCCUGUACCGGCCCGCCAGCCUGGCCUCGCUGCCCUGCCACCUGCCUGCGCAGAAGUGCGGCGCAUGGACCUCUCGCACCUUCCCCAGCUUCCUUAUCGGCGUCCUGUGUCUAGUCUACUUCUCAUCGCUGCCACUGGGCAUCUAUCUUCUGAUGAUCCAGCAGCUCACCCUGGGAAUCAUCCUGGUCAGCCUGGUGCCCUCCACCCUGGUUCUGUGUGUCUUCUACGGCUUCUGUCAAUGCCUGUGCCAUGAGAUCAUGCAGUCCAUAGCCACAUAGCCACGCCUCCGCUUAACUCCCCUCCCCCAUCCCCCAUCCUAAUUACCACUGUAUUUCUAUCUGUGGAUGUGACAUAGCAAGACCUGUAAAAGACAAAGCCAAAUCACCAAUGCAAAUCUAUACACCCUGUCCUUUUGUAAAAUACCCCCCCACCCCUUCCUUUUACCUUCUUCAGAUAAUACCAGCACUAAAACAUCCGAGUGACCACUUGGAUUUGGAUGUAUGGCUUGACUAUUCAAGACAACCUGUGAAAGGCCCACGGCCUGAUGAAUGGUUUUCUAAUUACACAGCUCAACCUGCAUCAGAUUGCUGCCGUUUGUGUUCAUGCAGCUCACCGGAAUGGGCUUCAGUUAUUACUGUGACGAUCACCAAACUGUAUUGUUCAAAAAUAAUAUGAUCCUCUCAGUGUUAACCGUACUGUGGUAGAAUACCCAUCUGCUCGACCUAUGGGCAACGGACUAUGAAAACCCAUAGUUUUAAGGAUGUAUUCAGACACUCAGCAUAGUCAUGUAUACGCCAUGUUCCUAGUUGCCUUUUAAAGGCAUGUCUGUUUGUGCCCCUGCAGUAACUUAACGUUGUAAAACCUGUCUGUGUCAUUGCAUUGGGAACGGACAAACCGCCUAAACUGUUACUAGAUAUUUCAAUAAAAGACUCAAGACAC